CCUUUGCUGCCUCACUCAUUCCCUGAGCAGCACACUGAGCUGGAUAACGUCUCCUUCAACCCGCAGCACGGACUCAUUUCUCACACCAGCUCUGAGUGGAUGCUCAGCAGGGGUGUUUGAGAUAUUAGCACGCUGUGGGGGGAAACGGCACAGGGAUUUCUACCAUCCACAUACAAAGAGCCGGCAGUCAGGAGGAAUAUGGGCAAAUCCGAAAGCCAAAUGGAUAUCAUGGAGAAAUCAAGUAAACCUGGAAAGCGCCGUUGGACUGUUGCAGAAAUCGGUCUGUCUGUGCUGCUGCUGUUGGUCAGCUGUGCCUUGGCUGGGUUGGCAGUCCUCUACACAUCGGUUGUGAAAGAGCAAUCCAACAGGACAACUUUGUCGAGGAGCACAAGUGAAGGCCAGCUGAUUCGCUCCAACAGUGUGUGUACAACUGCAGACUGUGUUACUGCAGCUGCUCGGCUGUUGCAGAACAUGGAUAAGUCUGUGGAGCCUUGUGAUAACUUCUACCAGUACGCCUGCGGGGGUUGGCUGGAGAGACACGUGAUCCCGGAGACGAGCUCCCGCCACAGCAUCUUUGACAUUCUGCGGGACAAGCUAGAGAUUGUACUCAAAGGUGUUCUCGAGACGGACAAUGAAGAGGACAGAAAUGCCAUCAAGAAGGCCAAAGUCCUUUACAACUCCUGCAUGAAUGAGAGCCUCAUAGAACAGCGUGACUCUAGGCCCCUCCUGAGGCUCAUCGAGAGUAUCGGGGACUGGCCUGUGGCGACAGAUGACUGGAACAUCACUACCGAGGAAGCAUGGAGCCUUGAGGACACUCUGGCCAAGCUUACCGCUCAUUUCCACAAGAAGGUUCUGCUGGACAUGUAUGUGUGGACGGACGACCGGGACUCUCGGCGCCAUAUAAUUUAUAUUGACCAGCCGGGACUUGGAAUGCCAUCAAGAGACUAUUACUUCAACGAUGGAAACUACAAAAAAGUUCGAGAGGCCUAUCUACACUUCAUGGUUUCUAUUGCGAAGAUAACUCGAGAGGACAGGAACUUGACUCAGGAUGACGACCGAGUGUGGGAGGAAAUGAUGCAAGUGCUGGAGCUGGAGACAGACAUCGCCAAUGCCACAUCACCGGCAGAGGAGCGCCAAGAUGUCACCGUUCUCUACAACAAGAUGACACUUGGAGAGCUACAGAGCACUUUCAACUUUAAUGGUUUUAACUGGACACGUUUUAUCCAAGGUGUGCUGGCCAGCGUGUCUGUUGACAUCCAGCUGGAGGAGGAGGUGGUGGUGUACAGCUCUCCGUACCUCGAGAAGAUGAAUGACGUUCUCCCCAAACACAGUGUCAGGACUAUGCAGAACUACCUCACCUGGCAGCUCAUUGUUGACAGGGUUAAUAGCUUGAGCCGCCGUUUCAAAGACACCAGAGCCCGUUACAGAAAGACUCUCUACGGGACCACUGUGGAGGAUGCUUGGUGGCGGGAAUGUGUCCGCUAUGUCCAGAACAGCAUGGAGAACGCAGUUGGAGCUCUGUAUGUGCAUGAGACUUUUGCUGGAGAAAGCAAACGAAUGGUUAGUGACCUUAUCGGUAAGAUCCAGCAAGCGUAUGUGGAAACACUGGAGGAGUUGAGCUGGAUGGAUACUCCUUCGAAGGAGAAGGCAAGAGAGAAGGCCAUGGCAAUCAAGGAGCAUAUUGGCUAUCCGGAUCAUAUUCUGCAGAAAAGCAACCAGAAGCUUGACCAGGAGUACGCUCAUCUGAAUUUUAGUGAAGAAAACUACUUUGAGAACAUCCUUGAAAACCUCAAGUCUGAAGCACAGAAGAGUCUGAAGAAGCUCAGAGAACCAGUCGACCCAGACUUGUGGAUCAUUGGUGCUGCUGUGGUGAACGCAUUCUACUCACCCAACAGGAAUCAGAUAGUCUUUCCAGCAGGAAUCCUGCAGCCGCCUUUCUUCAGUAAACAUCAGCACCAGGCCCUUAACUUCGGUGGAAUAGGAAUGGUUAUCGGACAUGAGAUCACACACGGAUUUGAUGACAACGGGCGUAAUUUUGACAAAGAUGGUAAUAUGCUGAACUGGUGGAGUAAUUUCUCUGCUGAGCAUUUUAAAGAUCAGUCACAGUGCAUGGUGCAACAAUAUGGCAACUUCAACUGGAAGCUGGCAGGUGGACAAAACGUCAGUGGAAUCAGCACUUUGGGGGAGAACAUUGCAGACAAUGGAGGUGUUCGUCAAGCAUUUAAGGCUUACCUAAAGUGGGUGGAGAUGAACGGUGAGGAUUCUCGUCUCCCUGGUCUAGACAUGGACCACAAGCAACUGUUCUUUCUUAACUUUGCCCAAGUAUGGUGUGGUGCUUAUCGGCCCGAGUAUGCCAGCCAGUCUAUCAAGACUGACUCACACAGUCCUUUAGAGUACAGGGUGCUUGGAUCUCUCCAGAAUUUCGAAGCGUUCUCAGAAGCUUUCCAGUGCAAGAAGGGCAGUCUGAUGAACCCCGAGCAGAAGUGUCGUGUCUGGUAGAAAGUUUUACUCUUGAGAAAAAUGUAUUUCUUGACUUGGGCAACUCAAAUCAUAAGAGCAAGUUGUCCACCUUAAACCCAAAUAGACAUCCCUGCUUAUUUCCAAUUUAUUUUGGGCAGAGUAACGACACAGAUUUUUGCAUAUACUGCAGACGGAUAACAUCCUGGACUACACCCUAGUUUCAAAUCAUGAAGCAUGUACAGUAUAGAAAGAAACUUGCUAGAGUAUCUUCUCAAGUUUGACGCGGUGUCUCCGGGUGAAAAGGUCACUUGUUCUUUCUUUGCUCUGUCCCACGGCAGAUGACGAGUGGGUACAUGAAUAUAAAGGCUAUAUAGAAUGGUUGAGGCUUAAAUGGCCCGUUUGAAAUGCUUUGCCAGCCUUUCUUGAACUACAUCUUUAAAAAAUCUCUUGAUUUAUCCAUUAUCGUUUGGCACUAAGCUGCCUUGGUAUCUCUACUCUAAUGUUUUGUUUUUAAGACAUUGUGCCACUUCAUAAGAAACAAUAGUGAACAAAUCUAACUCUGACUGAAGAGUGUGAAAUAAAUGAAAGCUCAGGGCUUAGCCGAAGUAAACUACAAUAUAAUUAGUCACACUCUGAGAGUUUGUUCAUUCAUUGUUACAUGAAACAAAUUACCUAAAGACUUUAAGACUGUUAAAUCUGUGCAGAUUUAACCUUAAAUUAACAUUCUGAAAGAGCUGCGGCUUUCAACAUUUGUACACUUACAGAGUGGAUAAACAUUUAAAAUGCACAGAACUUUGUGAAGGAUAAUUUUUCUAAGUUUCUUUAUCACUUCCUGCAAAAGAUUGUUGCUCACUGCAGAAUGUUUGUUUGUGUGUCUUUUCCUGUAAGUAACCAUAUUCCAGAUGUUUUGAAAAGUACUAGUCGCCUGCUUGUUUUAUAGAUAGUGAGAGAACACCUGUGAUAUUGAUAAAAAAACAAAACAAUGUAUAUCAGGGUAGAUACAGGUUUGGAUAUACAGUAGGUUGCUAAUCACAGCUGUGUUGUGUGCUUGAAGCCCAUUCCCUCUAUCUCUCUGAUCUAUUCGCCCUGUUACGUCAUUUUGAGAGGCUAUCAAGCUAUGUAAACACAUAACAGGUGCCAUUUGUUGUAGGACAUUUAUUCAAAGUUAUAUUGUCUGCUUGUAUGCUAUCUGUAAUUUUAACUCAACAUGGUGAUUGAUAUGUAGAAGAACAGUCAUUUACUUCGCGAUGCCGUCCCCUGAGAGGAGAAGAACACACAGUGAUUACACAACUUUGAACCUCUGGGCAUACCCAAUUACUUGCUGAGGGAAAGGGAGAAGACAAACCCAUCUCUCUCUCUCUCUCUCACACACACACACACACACCACACACACACACACACACACACACCACACACACACACACACACACACACACACACACCACACACACACACACACACACACACACACACACACACACACACACACACACACACACACACGGGCAGGCAGCAGAUGAAGUGGUGUGCCCUGUGAUCUCACAUUGAUCAGUGCUGUGUAAGAUGAAAGGAUGAAGUGCAGAAGCGUGGUGACCGCUGUAGCCGAACAACCCGCCAGCAGGCACACACACACCGAAGAAUGGGGCUUGUCAUUAAAGAGAUGGCCAGGGCCAGGACUGUUAUUUUCUACCUUUAUUAUCAAGUAAUGACAGGAGAAUCAAAGCAGAGCAGAACUCAUAAGAGAGGUACUGUCUGCAGGAGAGCUUUCAAACAGCAGAAACACAAACAAACAGGCGGGUUUUUUUAAGGUUUGCUUGUCACUGGACACAUUCAGGAUGCCUUGGUGAACUGAACACGACUUUUAGGUCUCAACAGAAUUGAAUGUGCAUAUUGAAGCUUUAGUCUGUCUUUACAUAUUGGCAAAUACUGUUGUGUUAAGCAGAGGGAGAGGACACUGAUACAAAAAAAAUAGGACUGUUUACACUGAUAGUGUGCUGCCAUCACAAAGCAAAAAGUUUGUCAUUUUGGGAGAUGAUUAACCUAGAUAAGAAAUUGUCUGUUAAUUAUAAGCAACAGUCAGAUGGCCCAGUUAGCUUAGCGUAAAAAAAAGAAAAAAGGGAGAAACAGCUAGUCUAACGCAGUGUCCACACGGCAGCGUGCGUUGAAGCUUGCCGGUGGGCGUGUCUGAAGCUUGACCAACAACCAAUCACAUGAAUAUCCCGCCCCGGACACACAAGCACGCAGUUUGAUUGGCUAGAGCUUGUACUGGCAUAUGAUUUGAUUGGCAGACACUUCCGUCAUAGCUUGAAAAGUAGAACUUUUCUCAACUUUUGAAGCGAGCAACGGAGGCAAAGCGAAGCGACGGAACCACGAUGCAGUUCGGCUUCCCAUUCAAAGUGAAUGGGAAGCAGCGUUGAAACUUCAACGCAUGCCUACGUGUGGACGGGCCGUAAGGAGCAAAAACAUUGCAAACAAAACCGGAACAGAAAAAGAAAACAUCGGCACUUAUAAACUUAUAUUUGACAGGCAUUUGUGCUAUAAACACUUGUUGCAGCGGACGUGAGUAAAAAUUAAACACUAAAUAGAAACGGUAAGGAAACCUUCACUGAAGAUACUCAUAUUAACAAAAAAUUAGGAACACAAUAAGAUAUUAGAUUGUAGUUAUGGCGUCAAAAUGACAAGUGUGGUAUACUUUCCUGGAGGUUUGUUUUUUUCUAAUUCUUGUGUUUUAUUUUUGUUAUUAUAAUUUAUUUGGGACAAUAAAACAUUUAAUUCAAUGGCAACAUGUAAAGUCACUGUCCGGACUCUAAAACAUUCUGUCUCCAUUCAAUGGUAACAAAAUCUACCUUCCAGUUCCUUUGAAAUUGACAAGCUAAUAAUUAAGUGAAAAACAAUAUGCAUUGUAUGUAGUUCUCAUCUCCCUACGGUCCCAGAAAAAGUUUACGAACAAAUGCCAUAAAGAGAGCCAAUAUAAGAACAAUUUUUUUAUGAAUUCAUGUGCAGCAUAACAAAGUGUUUUUACGGUGAAGAACUUUGUUGUGCAAAAAUAUUAUUUUUUAAGCAAUAGCUGGGCAGAAAUAUUUCAAUUUAAAAUUAAUUUUUCAAAACAUUUAUUGGAUGGUAUGACAAAUUUGUUAUAGUUCAGCUGUAAGCUUUCAUUUUUCAGCUGCUCUUUUCGGCCAUUUGGUCGUAACGUUUUCUGUGAAAUUAGAGAGCCUACUCUGUAUAAAAGAUAUCGUUUUAGAUGAAUGAAAAACUAGUGUAAAAAGAUAAAUUAAUUAUUAAUUAUCAUCUCAACUAGACUAUUCUCACAAAUGUAAAUACAGAUUAAACAGUCUGUCUGCUAGGCUAAGCUAAUCGACUGCUGUAGCCUUACAUUUAACAGACAAAAUACAUGAGUAUCAAUCUUCUUAUCUCACUCUUCUCCAGAAAGCAAAAGAGCGUAUCUCCCAAAAUGUCAAACUACUUAUUUAAACAAGGCACAUGUAUCUUGUCUGGUUCAGAGAAAUACUGAAGGAUAAAUCACGAGGUACGGAUUUAUCACGGGCUGCUGUUUGAAGGGCAACAGUUUGGACUGGACUGUUUCCUCAAAAAGCGUCAAACUGUUCAAAAUAGUAAGCUGAACUCUAAAGGGUAAAUAUACAAUGUGUUAUUGUAGAUACUUGAUGUUCUAUACUGCAGUAUUUACAUAUUACAGUUUUUAAUAAGGUAAGAAAAGAAGCGUACACCUCUUACCAUUGUUUUAGCUUCACAUUUACGUACAUGGUGAAAUUGUGUCGUUUUGAAAUUACCAGCGAAGUACAAACACAUUUUUGUUAUAUAUGAAGAUAUGUAUACCCAUCAGAAGAGUUUAUUUAUCUAUAUGAAUAUUUAUGAAACACCAUUGUUGCUUUGCAAGAUUUUAGACGUUAAAGAUGUUUUCUGAAUGUUCCUGCUGCUAUGUAAUUAUCUAGAUUGCCAUUAAAGUGACUGUCUCAACUGG